AUGAAGCUUCAACACUUUGGCCACGAGCAUCCGUUGAUCUUCAAUGAAGAUCGAGAAAAGAAUAAUUAUGAAGUGCACCCAGUUGAUAAUUUUUGCCAUAUGUGCCUGAAACAAGUAUCAGGUCCUAAUUAUAGUUGUAAGGAGUGCUGCCAAUUCCGCCUUCAUCAAUCAUGUGCGGAAUUACCCCGCAAGUUGCACCACCCGUUGCACCCUAAACAUCCCCUUCUUCUCAUCCAUGUUUCCCAGAAGCGGGGAGGCAAAUGCGAGGGUUGCAAGAGAGAUCAUCUACUGAGCUUUGUUUACAGUUGCGUUGACUGUAAUUUUAACCUUGACAAUAAAUGUGCUUCACUACCGCUCAUCAUCCAAGCUGACAAUCAUGACCACUCAUUGACCCUCAUGCGGAAAUCUGUCUCUUUCACCUGUGAUGCUUGUGGAAAAGAAGGCAAAGGCAUGUUUUACUUAUGUCAUGUAUGCGCAUUCUUGGUCCACGUACAAUGUGCUUCCUUCCCAUUGAUUGUCAAACUUAUCCGCCAUAGCCACCCUCUCACCCUCACCAAUUCUCUUCAAGUCAAUGAAUUCUGCCAACGACUUUGCCUACUAUGUGUUAAAAAUGUGGACACAGACUACAUGUUUUAUUAUUGCUCGACUUGUGAUUUCAUUACCCAUCUUCAUUGUGCUACAAAUGAGCGAUUGUGGGAUGAAACAUUUGUGCCGAAAUUUAAAGAUUCGGGGCCUAUUGAAUCAACUAGCAUGCAAAACUGCCAAGAUCCGGGGCUUGAUAUUGAAUCCAUUGAUUCCUUUACUUAUGCUAUCUUGAAAUCCGAAGUGGGAGAGGAUAAAAUUGAAAAAGCAGUUGAAAUUAAACAUUUUAGUCAUGAGCAUGACUUGAAGCUUAUUGAUGAGCAGCAUGAGAACAACGAAAAAUGUAAUGCAUGUAUGUGGCCUACUGACCCUCCGUUUUAUAGCUGUGCUAAAUGCAUAUUCUUUCUUCACAAAUCUUGUGUUGAAUUACCCAGAAAAAAGUCACACCCACUUCAUCAACACCCCCUCAUUCUCCUCCCAGAGCCACCUUAUGACGGUAUGUGUUUUGUGUGUGAUGCUUGUAACCGCAGUUGUAAUGGCUUCUCCUAUAAUUGUGACAAAUGCAUGUUCGACCUUGAUGUCCGAUGUAGUUUGAUGUCUGACAUCAUUACUCAUCAGGGUCAUGAUCACCAAUUUAUUCUCUCCAGCGCAUCGUAUUAUGAUAAGUGCACCUCUUGUGAUUCUAAAGGACAAAUCUUUCGUUGUGCUGAUUGUGAAUUUACUUUAGAUUUCAAAUGUGCUACGCUGCCACAUACCACAAGAUACAGACCACACGAACAACUGUUCACACUUAUCUAUAAAGAUGAAGAUAAUCCUGGUGAUGAACAUUAUUGUGAUAUUUGUGAAAAAGAACGAGAUCCAAAGCACUCAUUCUACUAUUGUGCAGAUCUCGAUUUUCCCGCUCAUCCUGAUUGUAUUCUUGGGAGAUUUCCAUAUAUUAACUUUGGGAGGACUUGUACAUUUGAGAUCCACGAGCAUCCCCUCACUUUGGUUAACAAGAAGGACGUCUAUCCUCAAAGUCUUGAAUCUGGUGCUGUUCGCUAUGACUUGAUUUUUGAAUGUGUCACUUGUAAUUUCAGUCAUACAGUGGAGAUUAUUUCAAAUGUGUGGCAAAGCAAGCGACAUGCAACCUAA